UAUAUACAAUCCAUCCCCCAACCUAGAACCACCAUUCCCAUUAUCGCUUCGUUUAGUACUUUAUUACAAUUCACUCAAAAGAGUUGAAAUACAGACACAAGAUGCUCCCCCGUUAUCUCCCCCUUUUUCGCACCAGACUCCCCUCCUCUAUCUCCUCUGUCCGCUCCAUCCCCAACAAAAGAACCUUAACGUCCUCGACUCCCAAAUGGUCCGCCAAUGAACCCAGCGCGUACCGGGAAGGUAUGGCCCGAUACAAGCUCUUCGUGAGCCCCUUUGCCAAGGUCUUUCUGGGCGCGAUUUUCACCUACCAGGUGCUGUACUGGACGUGGUUGAAGUUGGAGAUGGAUGAGUCGAAGUAUGAGAAGAAUCAGACCGUUGCGGCGCUGGAGCAGAAGGCCAAGGAACUGACGGAUGCGCAGAAGUAGAGGAUGUGGCUGUCCCCUGUCCGUGGAUGAUUUAUCUUUACAGUGGUCUCUGUCCUGAAUUAAUAUAUACCCUUUACGUCCUAUGUGGAACAUCUAGGAAGUCUGUUUGUUGGUCUGUGGCUUGCGUGUCUUCGUUGAGUGUAUAUCCAAACGCUAUGAAAAUGGGUAGACU